GCCCUCCUCAGGAGCAUGCCGUCAGCCUUUGUAGGGGUGGUACGGAGCGUGCUCCGGGAGCUGGACCACAAAGGGGAGCUCAUUCCUGUGGACAGUCUGCGGAACUCCACCAGCUUCCGGCCCUACUGCCUGCUAGGCAGGAGGCCCUCAAGCUCAUGGUUCUGGAGGCCUCCUUACAAGUGUGUCAACCUGUCAAUCAAGGACAUCCUGGAGCCUGAUGCCCCAGAACCAGGCCUGCAGUGCAGUGGCCCCUUCCAAUUCUGCGAUGCUGUGGACGGGUUGAUGCAGGGCAGUGUGGGACUGGCAACCCCAGGAGAGGGGAAGAUCUCGGGUGGGGCCGCAGUGUCCGGCAGCAGCAGUGCCUCGAUGAACAUGUGCACACUUCAUGUCGACCCAAACACCUGGGAGGCCAUGCACCGCGAGAGGCGCCUGCGGCAGCCCGAGCACAAAAUCCUACAGCAGCUGCGGAGUCGUGGAGAUAACAUAUAUGUGGUGACAGAGGUGCUGCAGACACAGAAGGAGAUGGAAGUCACCCGGACCCACAAGCAAGAGGGCUCAGGGCAGUUUGUACUGCCUGGAGCCAUGUGUGUGCAGGGUGAGGGUCAGGGCCAUCGGAGCCAGAAAAAGACGAUCACCAUCCCCUCAGGCAGCAUCCUUGCAUUCCGAGUAGCCCAGCUGGUUAUUGACUCUGACUGGGAUAUCAUCUUCUUCCCGGAAAAGAAGCAGAGGACUUUCCAGCCACCCACCACAGGCCACAGUCCUAUUAGGGGCACACGCAGCUGGCUGCAGCAGUCCUUAGGCCUCUCCUCCAUAUUGGAGUCCAUCUAUAACCACCUCAGGUUCCUGACAGAUGGAGCCUCCACGGAGUGCACGGUCACUGAAAACUUCCAGGGCCUGCAGGCAGAGGUGGAAGCCAGUUCCAGGGAACUGGUAAGAUUGGAGAGGGACCUGAGUCAGCACCUGCUGAAGGACCUGGGUAGGGUGCUGCUGGACCAGCCAGCCCUGCAAGCUUUGGAGGAGUUGCUGGAAGAGGGCCUGUACUGUGGGCGAGCGGAGCCUCUGGAUGGUCCCGCAGGCGCUGUCCUCGAGUGCCUGGUGCUUCCCAACAGAGAGCUGGUGCAGGAACUUGCUGUCCCCAUCUUCUAUCUGCUGGGGGCACUGACUGCACUGAGUGAAAUCCAGCACACACUGCUGGCCGAAGCACUGGAGACGAGGACCCUGUCGGGGCAGCUCGAGCUGGUGGGGAGCCUCUUGGAGAAGAGUGUCCCAUGGGAGAAACACAGCUCUGUGUCCCUGCCCCCUGGACUCCUGGGGAGCAGCUGGGGAGAGGAAGCACCUGCCUGGGUCUUGUUGGAAGAGUGCGGCCUGGAACUUCGGGUGGACGCCCCCCACGUAUGCUGGGAUCCGAAGGCCCAGGGCCCCACAUGUGCACUCUAUGCCUCCCUGGCACUGCUCUCAAGACUGAUCCAGCAGUCCCGCUAGACUGCACCCCUGGGUAGAGUGUGUGCCCACCCAGCUGCCAGCCCUAAGAAGGCCAAGAGGCCAACUCAGCCAUAUGGCCAGUUCACCAUUAAGCCUGGGAGUUCAAACACUCAAUACAUAUGAUAUAUGAAGGAAA